AUGUCAGUUUCAGGGCAUCCAAGCGUUUCUGCCGAGAACAACACGAACCAGCAGCUAUAUAAUAAUGGGACCAACAGUGUAGGAGAAGAAGAAGAAGAAGAUCAUGAGUACUUGAGUGCAGAUCAUCAUGAAAAGGGUAAACAUGAUGUUGCUCGAGGGCCCAUGGAUCAACGAGUCAUAUCGUAUGGAGCUCUUCAGAGACCUCCUGUUUGUAAUGCGAAUAUCUAUGGCAACUGCAUAGUGCGCGUCAGUCCACACGAUCGACCCUGUACCUAUUUUACUCGGUGCUGCCGUCACCGUCGUCGCUAUAUCUCAUGA